AUGUCCUUCCCCACCACUCUCCCCUCUCUGCCCCUCCGCGAGGCCAUUGUCGACGCUGUCUACCGCUUCGUCCUCAGCUUCGACACCGCUGACCUCGCCCUCUUCGAGUCGGCUUUCUACCCGGAUGCCGUCUUCGAACUCAAGGACAAGGUCAUGAAUGGAAUUCCCGCCAUUCGGGCCGGCUGUUACGACAACGUCUCCAAGCUCGAUACCACCCACUUCGUGACCAAUGUCCGGGUCAAUCUGCCGGACAGCUCGGAGACCAAGGCGAGCGUGACGGCCUCCGCGCUGGCGCAGCAUUACCGGACGGGUCAGGGCAAUGAGCCUGGAGCUACUCGGUUGACGAGUGGGAGUCUGUACUUUGUUGAGGUAGAGAAGGAUGAUGGCAGUGAUGGGCUGUGGAAAAUUCGGCGGUUCAAAAUGAAGAUCGUGUGGACGGAGGGCGAUUGGGGAGUUCUGACCGGAGAGUAA